AUGCACAAUUCGACCGUGGCCACUGGACAAGUACUCGGCUACAUAAAGCUGGUUGCUGAGGAGAUGCUCAACCUCAAAGAUCUACCAAUCUACAUCAAUUUUGACUCGGACUGGUUCUGCUUCCCACCCCAUGUCGAGAGUGGCCUCCUCAAGGUCGCAUUAUACGGCUGGGGUUAUACGCGAACGGACAGUACCGAAAGAGGGUUAUCCACGCCACCAAUUACACCGGGGCAUAUUCGCGCAAACUUUGUGCCAGAGGAUGGUGUUGCGAGACUACUAGCAGGCCUAAGAGAAGUUUUGCCAGCGUUUGCGCACCGGGAACUUGAUCGCGUUGCUGAUUGCUGGUAUAGCGAUACACCUUCGGGAGAUUUCAUUAUCGACCACUACCCUGAACAUGGAAAUUUGUUCAUCGCAAUGGGUGGCGGUGGAAAGAAGUCCAGCGCCUUCAAGUUUCUACCUAUCCUCGGCAAAUACGUAGUCCAAGGAUUGACAGGAUCACUACCACUGCAUUUGGCUGAGAAGUGGAUAUUCAGGACGGAAUACAAAGAUGUAGAUGACUCUUUCAGAGGAGAUGGAAGUCGGGGUGGGUCAGAAAGACGCGACUUUACAGCGCAAGAAAAAGCUCGUUUGUAG